AUGUCUUCUAAUUCAGAACUUCUUAAUAUUCUUCAACAAUUUGAGAAACAAUAUUCAGUUACUACAGGUGAAAUAACUGCUAAUAUUGGUCAACUUAAAAAUAAAAAUGGUUCUGAAAAAGCUGCUGCUAUUAAUGAAAUUCAAAAAACAUUAAAUGAAGUUGGGGAUCUUUUAGAUCAAAUGGAAUUAUCAGUAAGAGAUUUUGACAUAAAUAGUCCUGAAAGAACUAAGUAUGAUCUUCGUGUGAGAAGUUAUCGAAGUGAUAAGAAACAACUAGAAAUUGAAUUACAGAAAGCUUUAAAACGUAUUAAUAAUAAAGAAAAUUUUGAUGAAUUAAUGCAUAUUGAUAAUCCAACAUCAUAUGAUAUUAAAGAUAAAUUAAUUGCAAAUACUGAAAGAUUAGAAAGAGGUUCAAGAAAAAUAGAAGAAUCAUAUCGAAUUGCUUUGGAGACAGAAGAUAUUGGUACAACAGUUCUUCAAGAUUUGUCUUCUCAACGUGAGACAUUAAAUCGUGCUCGUGAACGUCUUCGUGAAACAGGAGCAGAUCUUUUAUCAAGUGAUAGACUCAUAUCUCAGAUGAUUAGAAGACUUGUCCAAAAUAGACUUUUUUUACUUCUUAUUAUACUUCUAUUAACAAUAUGUUUCUUAAUUAUGAUGUAUAAUACAUUUUAA